UACUGACUAGCAAAAGAAAUCGCACCAUGUCUGGAGCAUCUCUUGACGUAUGCGAUGGAAACACUGCAACGAACACUGUGGUUGGGUCUCCAGCUCAUUCUGCCCUCAGCCAAGUUCAAUCCCUUCCGCCUGUCGCGCCGCCACCUUUCCGCGAUCCUAUGGUGGCAACCAGCCAAUGGAGGGAUAGAGAAGAGGCAGAGCAGAAGAGGCAGAAGAAAAGCCUACAGGAUAUCCUCAUGCAUCCCUCGCUUUCGCGGUGAAACCGUCUCAUGGUAGAUCACAAUCUUCUGAAGUCCCCCGUAUCCAACCGGAGCAGCCCCAACUGGACCGAUCUCGUACAGAUCCUGCAGCGAUUGAUUUCUCGCCUGGCCGUCACCAUCGACCUGAAGACAUCACGCUAUCCCAGAAUAAUUCGUGAUACCCACAGAUCAGUACGGCUGUAGAACACCAGCCCUCCCAACAGCGCUCCGCACACAAGACUUCAUUUUCCAAUCCUCCAGCCGUCACUGGCCCCAGACCUCAACGUUUAUCUUCUUUCGCAUACCAUCAGAAUGAGUCGAUUAGACCUGCAACAGCAG